AUGCCACGGCAAACGCGACGAGCGGCGGGCCAACCGCCCGACAACACGGCCGACCAUCCCGAGAAGACAGCCCUGCCGGUACCGUCGGCUAGCUCAUCGCCUGCAUCCUUCGUCACAGCGGCCGCCUCGCCCCGGAACCCUCAGGAUGCCACCCUCACCGAGCUCAGCACGCCCGAUGGCGCUUCCACCACCGACUCGGGCUACCGCAAGGCCAAGUCGCUGCCUUCUGAGCUACGACAGCAUUGCCAGAUCUACCUGGAGGAGGCUCUGCCACUCAUCUCCCUCAGCCUACUCACCAACCUCGAAACCCGCGACGAAGCAGUAGGCAGCUACUGCCCGCCAGUCAACCAGCUUGCUUUCCUCGCCGGCAUCGCUAUCCACCCAGACUUUACAUCCCGCCCGAAAGAGCCGACCUGGACUCACGCCGCCGCUGAGUCCCUCGAGUACCUCUACAGCGUGCUGGCCAGCAUCGGCCCCGUCAACGCCCGCUUCGACGAGGCCUUCCGAUUCGGCAGUACCUCAUCGUCCUUUUCCUCGCGAGGUCGAUCUCCCGCGGGAUCAUCCGAAUCGGACGAAGACGACGGCAGCCUGGGGGAUGACUUUUUCGGCGCCACCGAGAGCGGCGGAAGCGCCGUGGUAGGCGGCAAGUACACGGCCAGCAGCAUCUGGAGACGCGCGCAGGACUUUUUCAGCGUGGUCGGCUGGGCGUUCAACUGCAGCGUACUGUACCCGAACCGCUGGCUGCACUACCGCCCCUGGCUCGAGUUCAUGUUCGAGGCGAUCGAGGCGGACCUCGAUGAGCGGUACCGUCUGGAUCUGGCUGCCGCCGAUGAUGAUGAGGAGGCGGAUCGCGGAGGCGAGGAUUUCCCCAUGCUCCGCCGGUCCAUGCUGGCGCGGUUCAUCGCGCAGCGGGGCGGGCGUGCGGGCGGCGGAGGCCUGAAGUGGAUCAUGAAGGCCCUGUUCGCGGACGGGGACAAGAGCGCGAGCUCGCUGUUCCAGGAGGUCUGGCUUAAGGAGCACAAGGGCAUGUCGCUCAAGGCGCUCAACAAGCGGAAACGCGCGGCGGUGAACCUGGACAAGGGCGACUACGGGGGCUGGCUGGAUGAUGACUCCGUGUUCUCGUCGCAAGGCUCCGAGCCGCCGACACCACAGAAGCGCAGGACCAACUCGGACCUCGGCGCCGGCAAGACGGAUCUGCAGGCCCUCGAGGCGAGCUUUGUCGAGUCUGUGCCGUUCAGGCAUCGGCUGUUCUCAAUGCUAUCCUUCCUCGCCUGCUAUCUCCCCUCUGCGCCGUUCGAACUCCCGGACCUUUACGAGAACUUCGAGAGGGGCGUGCGGUCCCUGCCGCUCCCCAUCUUCAGCGAGAUGAUUGACAACACGGCCGGCAAGCUCCGCGAGGACUCGCACAUCUCGCUCCUCCAGGGCAUACUGUCCCUGCUCAUGCCGUCGUCCGCCCUCGCGCCCCGGAAAGUCGACCGCGCGAGGGAUGAUGCGGGCGGCACGUCCCCCGCGAUCCUGGAGCGGUGCUUCCUGCCCAACGCGGCCAACACGAUCACCGCCGAGGACAAUGCCAAGGUGUCGCUGCUCCUCGAGGCGCUCAUGCGGAUCGUCAUUGUGGACGGGACCGAGCGGUUCAGCCCUGGGCUCCGGGACGCGGUGCAGAGCGGCGUCGACGCGAGGGAGAACAAGGCGAAGCGGAAAAAGACCCGCGGCAGACCAUCUGGUGCGCCUUCAGAGGACCCGGAUGCCGAGGCCAGAGCCGUGCUUGAGCUCUCCGGACAGCGGCUUUUGAUGCUUGCUGAGAUUGCUGCUGUGGAUGGAGAUGACGACGACUAUGAGGAAGAAAACCCUGGUAGUGAUGUCGAGAUGGAGUCUGGCGGUGACGACGAAGGUUAG